AUGCCUCGAAAAAAGGCAGUCGAAGAGUCUGACUCUCAACAACUUCCUACGAGAUCAUUGCGAAAAAGAAACCACCAGGAACUCGAAGCCAUCCCAGAAAGCGACCAGGAGGAAACGAGCCCUGUAAAGCGACAACGCAGCGUGAGCCACGAAUCCCCAUCGACCAAUGGCGAAACAAACGGAAACAUAAAUGGGUUCAUGUCGAAUGGCGCAGAAGAUGUUGCGGCUAGCGAGUCCGAAUCAUUAUCGAAAGUCGACCCAGAAGAGACCCCUAAACCUGCUCCGAAGCGACGAGGUCGACCACCGAAGAAAGCAGUUAAUGCUGGCUCUCCUACGCCCAAAGCAAGCCGCACCGCUCUUUUUGAGACGCCCACAAAAGCACGAUUUGGUUUAAACCCCGACACACCUGGAGGAGCAGAUCGAUCUGCCAAACGAAAGAGUACAAGAGCUUUGAUCGAACAUGUCGUUGGUGAUGACCUCACGGACGAAGAGGAGUAUGACGGCCUUGCGCAUAAAAUCUACGAAUCUAGUGAAGACGAAGAUGCUCUCGAAGGCGAUAAUGCCAUUUCGGCAGAAGCGUCAGGUCUAGACGAAGCCGCAACACCUUCCAAGUCGACGCCUCGGCGCAAAGCUCAGCGAAAGAAGCCUGCUAGAUCUCCGACUCCUCCCCGUGACUUACCUCCCCACGAACUAUACUUUGCACAUAAUAAACCUGGUCGGGCAAAGACAUCCAACAAUACGCUUGGGUCGUUGGCUUUACUUACUCACGAUGAGUAUUUUACGAUUGUGAGAGAAACCAGCGACCAUCACGAGGGUGAUAUCGAAUUCCUGGAGAGUCUACAUGCUGAGUCGUUUCCACAAUGGGCAUUUGAGUUAUCGCAAGGAUUUAAUCUGUGUCUUUAUGGGUAUGGCUCGAAGCGACGGUUAUUGCACAAGUUUGCAGGUCACCUUCACUCUCGAAGCAGAAAAGAAAAAGGAGACAAGAUUGUUAUCAUCAACGGCUAUGCUCCUAAUACUACAAUGCGCGAGAUAUUAAGCACAAUCGGUUCGGCUGUUGAUCCAGCCCAUCGCAUCCCUCUCACGCAGCCUGCUGUCAUGGUCCCAGCCAUUCUCUCUCAUCUCAACACUACCUCUUCGACGAUCACGCUUAUCGUCAACUCAAUCGAUGCGGCACCGCUUCGCAAGCCUGGCUCUCAAACUGCCCUGGCGCAACUUGCAGCGCAUCCUCAUAUACGCUUGGUAUGCUCAGCUGACACGCCAGACUUUGCGCUACUCUGGGAUAUUGGUGUACGAUCAGCCUUUAAUAUGGGGUUCCACGAUUGCACAACAUUUGCCCCGUAUACCGCCGAAUUGGAUGUUGUGGAUGAGGUACACGAACUUCUUGGACGGAACGCUCACCGAGUCAACGGCAGAGAAGGCGUGGCGUUUGUUCUUCGCAGUUUGCCGGAGAACGCCAAAAAUCUGUUCCGUCUGCUGGUUGGUGAAGUACUAAUCGCCAUUGAAGAAGAAGGCGAUGGUGGCGAUGAGCCAACUGGUAUAGAGUACAAAAUGGUGUACAACAAGGCAGUAGAAGAAUUUAUUUGUAGUUCCGAGAUGGCCUUCCGAACACUGUUGAAAGAAUUCCAUGACCAUCAAAUAAUCACGAGCAUGAAGGACGCUCUUGGGACAGAGCUUCUGAGCUUGCCGUUCAGAAAGGACGAGCUGGAGGCAAUUCUAGAAGAUCUCACGUCAUGA